GGUCCAACAAACAAAAUGGUGACGUGUAGACCAUGAGAAAUAUCGGCAGAUACAUAUCUUGUGCCUUGCUGCAGUAGCAUAAUGAAUCAUAAUAUGGCUUGAAUGUAUUUACUUAUCAUUGAAACGCAUGGAUGAUAAGGCACAGCGGACACGAUUUUAUAGUAAAGUCCUUGGUACCAGUAUGAACCUUGGCCAAGGGGAGGGAAGAAAGGCUGAUGAUGUCACCCCCUACAUCAUCUCCCUCGACAUCGGCACCACGACUAUGCGGAGCCAUGUCUACUUAAAGAAUGGCAGCAUCAAAGGCUCAAGCAGCAAAAGGAUACAGAUUAUGUACCCCGAGCCACGAUGGGCAGAAAUGGACCCAGAGCUUCUGGUACAGCAGGCUGUUGAUUGCAUCAAGGAAUCAAUCAGAGCUGCUAACAUCACGGCAAGCCAGGUGACGUGUAUAGGAAUAACUAACCAGAGAUCUACAUUUCUCACCUGGGACAGGGAGACGGGUAAACCAUUCCACAACUUUAUUACUUGGCAGGAUUUGAGGGCAAGUGAUCAUGUCAAAUCGUGGAAUAACUCGUACAAACUCCGGGCUUUGAACAAAGGAUCUUCGCUCCUCCACAUGUUUACUCGACAGCCCCGGUUCCUGGCAGCCAGCGUAUUAAAGUUCAUGUCAAAUCAGGUUGGUCUACGCUUGAUCUGGGCCCUAGAGAAUAUUGAGGAGCUGAGACACAGAGCAUCAGAGGAUCAGGUGAUGUUUGGCUGUAUAGACACCUGGUUGCUAUGGAAACUGACAGGUGAGAAGGUCCACGCGACGGACUAUUCCAAUGCCAGUGGUACGGGCUUGUUCGACCCUUUCCAGGUAGAGUGGAGUUCUAUAGUAUGCAAUCUUCUACACAUUCCAAUGAGCAUGUUACCAGAGAUCAGAGAUACAAGUGGCUUGUUCGGGAAAACAGAUGCUUCCUUGUUUGGUGCGGCUAUCCCCAUCACAGCUAUGAUAUCCGACCAGAUGUCGGCCAUGUUUGGGGAGUGCUGCUUUGACGUUGGAGACAUGAAGUGCACCAUGGGAACAGGAACGUUUGUAGAUGUAAACACAGGCAGCUCAGCUCACGCCUCUGUAGCAGGGCUGUAUCCUCAGAUUGGCUGGAAGAUAAAGGAUGAACUGGUGUUUGUAGCAGAGGGUGCCAUCAAUGACACCGGCAUUGUUAUAGAGUGGGCCAAGUCUAUGGGUUUUUUUGAUGAUGUUGCCGACACAUCAAGGAUAGCUGAGUCAGUGCCAGAUUCAGGCCAAGUCUGUAUGGUCGCGGCUUUCAGUGGACUUCAGGCCCCCAUCAACGACGAUAAGGCAGCCUCCUCUAUCUUUGGGUUAAAACCGACCACCACCAAAGCUCAUCUUGUACGCGCUUUACUAGAAUCCAUUGCCUUCAGAUUCAAAAUUCUGUAUGAGGCGAUUCUUAAAGAGUCCAAAGUGGAACUAUCCAAUACUAUCAGAGCUGAUGGUGGGGUUUGCAAUAACGAUUUCUUGAUGCAGCUGAUUUCGGACCUCACUGGACAAUUGAUUGACCGAUCCAAACAACGAGCAGACAUAACCAGCCUUGGGGCUGCUUUUGUAGCUGGCUUACAUGCAGGAGUUUGGAAAGAUAAGGAGGAAUUACGCAGUAUACGAAAAUCUGAGCAAAUAUUCAAACCAGACACGAAAAGAUGGUCAGAAUAUAAAGAAGUGUUUACAGAUUGGGAAAGAGCUGUGACUCGCUCUAAGGAGUGGUAUUCACGGGAUAGCUGAGCUGUGACUCACUCUAAGGAGUGGUAUUCACGGGAUAGUUGAGCUGUGACUCGCUUUAAGGAGUGGUAUUCACGGGAUAGUUGAGCUGUAAUUCGCUCUAAAGAGUGGUAUUUACGGGAUAGUUAAGCUGAGACUCGCUCUAAGGAGUGGUAUUCACGGGAUAGUUGAGCUGUGACUUGCUCAAAGGAGUGAUAUUCACAGGAUAGUUGAGCUGUGACUCGCUCUAAGAAUUAGUAUACACGGUAUAGUUAAGCUGUAAUUUGCUCUAAAGAGUGGUAUUUACGGGAUAGUUAAGCUGUGACUCGCUCUAAAGAGUGGUAUUCAUAUGAUAUUUUAGCUGUGACUCACUCUAAGGAGUGGUAUUUACAUGACUGUUAAGUUUGGACUCACUAAAGAGAGUUGUAUUCACGAGACAGUUAAGCUGUGACUCGCUCUAAAGAGUGGUAUUUACGGGAUAGUUAUGCUGAGACUCGCUCUAAAGAGUGGUAUUCAUAUGAUAUUUUAGCUGUGACUCACUCUAAGGAGUGGUAUUUACAUGACUGUUAAGUUUUGACUCACUAAAGAGAGUUGUAUUCACGAGACAGUUAAGCUGUGACUCGCUCUAAAGAGUGGUAUACACAGGAUAUAGUUAAGCUGUGAUACGCUCUAAAGAAUAGUAUACACAGGAUAGUUAAGCUGUGACUCGCUCUAAAGAAUAGUAUACACAAUAUAGUUAAGCUGUGAUUCGCUCUAAAGAAUAGUAAACACGGGAUAGUUAAGCUGUGACUCGCUCUAAAGAGUGGAAUUUACGGGAUAGUUAAGCUAAGACUCGCUCUAAAAAGUGGUAUUUAUGGGAUAGUUAAGCUGUGACUUGCUCUAAAGAGUGGUAUUUAUGGGAUAGUUAAGCUGUGACUUGCUCUAAAAAGUGGUAUUUAUGGGAUAGUUAAGCUGUGACUUGCUCUAAAGAGUGGUAUUUACGGGAUAGUUGAGCUGUGACUCACUCUAAGGAGUGGUUUACACAGGACUGUUUAGCUGUGCCUCACUCUGUGGUGUGGUAUACACAGGACUGUUAAGCUGUGCCUAACUCUAAGGAGUGGUUUACACAGGACUGUUCAGCUGUGCCUCACUCUAUGGACUGGUCUACACAGGACUGUUUAGCUGUGCCUCACUCUAAGGAGUGGUUUACACAGGACUGUUCAGCUGCGCCUCACUCUAUGGACUGGUCUACACAGGACUGAUGAGCAAUUAAAUAGUAAAUCCAGAAAUGUUCCAGAAUUGUGCCAAUUAUUUACUGCAGUUUCGAAGGAGUUGUUUUAGAUGUGAUAAAAUGUUCAAAGCUACAAUUUACAUUAUUUUAGAAGUAAAGUAACAGACCAGGAAGAUGUCGUAAAUCCUCCCACUGAGAUUACCAGAUUGGUGUUGCUGAAGAUGAUAAGCAAUACAGGGAAAUGCUAAAUGUGCUUGUUUGUUUAGGUUUAAAGGAGGUUUUAUCAUUAAUAUUAGUAUAUUUUUUACUAUUUUUAUAUGUAUUUUGGUGAAAAGAUUGUGAAUACAUUUUUACUGCCUAAACAGGAACCUGUAUAUUAUAGAGAGCUAUGAACCAGAGCUUAGAUAAUAUAUUAGGUCUACUGUUACUGUCUGUAUAACUUUUAUGUUAUUUAACUUGUGUAGUCUUGAAGUUAUCAAUAUGUUUACAGUAAUCAGGGUAUAUUGGUCCUAGUGUUAUCUCAUUAAGGUGGUCUUAUACAAUAUCAUUUAUUCAUUGAAUAUACCCGAUAAAGGAAUUCCUGUCACUGGAGAGAUAAUGAAGAAAAUGGGUAAUGAACAGUUAGUAAAUGUCAGGAUCUGUACAGAUCACUUAAUCUUUCACUUUUUUAUUCUUUUCUAUUUAUGGAAACAUAUCACAUACUGUUAAGCUACACCUACUCAAAAGAAUAUUUAAAAUAAUUGUAGUCAACUUUUGUUACUUCAUUGAUGUAUUCAGUAUAAUGGAAAGUAUAUUUACUUAGUGAGAUAAAGGUAAGAGUAGAGCCACCAUUUUCAUGCUACUGCAGAGUACCUUACUGUGCUUUCAGUUCAAGUUUGUCACAAGUUGAUGUUAUUUAUCGAAAGUAUAUUAACUAUAUAUAUAUAUAUCUGAAUGAGAAAUGAGGUUAGGAUGUAUGUGUAAAUAGCAUAUACAAAAAAAACCUGUGCCAUGAAGUGAAGAUUUCGUUAUAGACAAAUGCGCUCAAAUUCUAUACAUACACAUACAUGUGUUCUAUUUUACUAUACUGUAAGUAUUCGUGUAUAGUGCACACCUUUCUUAGGGGAAGAUGAUAAUACCGAAAUAAAGGGAGGUGUACUAUACACAGGAACAAUCCAAAACCAGUCCUGAGUCAGGACCAUUUAUCGGAAAUUGUUCAGGGAUUUUCGGAAAUGUUUUAAAACAUAAUUAAUUUCUUAGGAGAAUGUGUUCAUUUAGUUUACCUUCAUAGUGACCUGCCUCAGGGGUUGAUGCUAUCAGUACAGCUUGCCAUGUCUUCAAUAAAAAAUCUCAGUGUUUUUUUUUGUUUUUUUCUUCAUAUUUUUUCUUUUUCUUUUUCACCCAAAAAGUACCUGCGCAUUAUACGAGAAUAUAAAUGGUAUGUGUGUUUUUCUUAAAAUGCAGAUUGACACUAGAAAAUGUUGUUAAUAUGAGAAACUUUUUAACUCAAAAUAUUUUAGCUGUGAUAUUCUACAUUCCAUUUCUGUGUACUACCAUUGAGGUAGGGGUUGUAAUAAUUGGUGGAGAUUUCCCAACAUGCUGGUUUGAUUCAAUGAAUGGGUUUUUUAUCGAUAAAUCAAAGGCAUGGUGUCUUUUCACCCCAAACCAUUCAGUAGGUUGUUAAGUGCAAGUGUGUUUUCUCUGUUAUCUCGCAAUUAUGGAUCGUGUAUAUAUUAUAUACCCGGUAUUUUAUAAAAUGUUAUCCGUGUUAAUUUGUAUGCUGAUUUGAAGUUUUGGAAGGCCAUUUCAAACACCUUAUAUGGACUUAAUGACGUAUGAAAUACAUAAAUGUAUAAAGAAAAUGCCAAUGAAAUGUAACUUGUAAAAUUCCAAAUGAAUUUAAUUCACUAUCACUGCCCUAAAUGAUACUUUAACUAAUUAAACACUGUAUAGCAGUAAAAGUUUUGGUGAUUUUGAACAUAAGAGUAUCACACUUGGUAAGCGUACUUAGAUCAACAGAUUAUCCUAUGGCAAUAUAAGCUAAGGAUCUUAAUUGAAAUAAAAGCAGUCUUUUCAUCGAAGACAGUAACAGAUUUAUGUAAAAAAAUGAAAUGAAAUUUAACCUCAUGGAUACCAAAGAAUCAGUUUUCUGCCUUUUUAUAAUCAACAAAUAAAGAAUUCAGUUUUCACCUGUUAUAUAAUUUAUCAAUAUAACUAUUCAUGAGAAAGUUUUACAAGUACUUACAGUUAUUAUUUUCUUAUCUACAUGGCAGCUCAAUGGAGAUUCCAGCUAUGUGAUUGUGAAAGAAUAUUGAGAUGUAAAAUAUUUGUACUGUUUGACUCCAUAAGCGCCUUAUAUUGUCAAUCAUCACACUGUGUACAUGUGUAUGUACAGGAAAUAAACGUACCAUCUUCUGUCACCUGGUUUUCGUAGAAUCGGGAGCAUUUUCAAAGGAUAUCAUUAAUCUGUUCAGAAAAUUCGAAAAUUCAACAGUGUAUCAUAAUUAUAGAUAUAUGUUUUCAGAUGUUGUGUACCAUUAUCGUUUUUAGUGAGCUGUAAUAUUGUUAUGUUAUUUUAUAUACAUUUUGUGCAACGAUAUAUAUCUUACCUUUGUCUUCAGUCUGAUUGUUUAAAUCAUAAUAAAUAUUAUAUUUUCCUAUCAGUUUAUACUUCAGUAUGACAAAAUUGUUCUCAAAAAAGGUUCUGUAUCUUUCAUCUUGUUUGACACUGUGUUAUGAUAAAUAUCAUAUUGUUGGAUUCUGUUCAUUACUCAUGUUAGGGCAAUUCUUGUACCUGUUUUUAGGAGGCAUGGUAGUCUAGUGGUAGGAUGCCAGGCUCGUGACCGAAGGGUUGUGAGUUCGAGUCAUGGCACGGCA